CUUUGCAGCACCAGGCUUCAUUCUGCCGCUGCUUUAGCGGGAUUCGAAAUCAUGAGGCCAACUGGUCUAAUGCUGGUUGUGGCAAUCGAAUUUUGUUGUUAUUAUAAAGCGCCAUUUGGCCGCUGAUCACACCGUCAUAAUAUUCGAACAUUUCAUGUAGUAAGUGUUUGCGCUGCUCCUCGGAGAACAAAAAAGCGCAUUGUUAUGCACAUAGAGCGUAAUUUGACAGCCGUGUUUCGAUGCAUCAUAUCAGGGCAUGCAGUUAUCAACUAUUUACAAGAUACCCAUCAGUAUUGAUUGAAAUACGUUCCCAGAUUAACAUGGCCGGUCACAUGAUAUAGCGCACAUUUCGCGCAUCAAGAACCACCUCAUUCAAGAUAUCUUUUAAGGUAAGGCUUUUUGCACUUGAACUCUACUUUUGGUAGUUUCUUUUUUUAAACCGCAAACAAUAAGUAUCGGGGAUAUAGAGGUGACUUGUCAAAUCAUUAAAAUUUCAUUUUUAGGUUAAGCGAGAAAACAGUUAGCAUAAUUCCUCUAUUCGUGAAUUUAACAUGGGUGGAUGGAAGGAGGAAACUCUCGACCGUCGUUUGGGGUAACUCGAUUAAAUUUAUAGAGAUUCGUUUUUUCGCUCUUCAGACGUUGCCGUGAGUUGUUUGGUAUAAAAAGUUCGGUCAUUGAAUUCGCUGCUGAUCUCCUUCGUAGGUUCGAAAACGCCUACUCUUUUCGGCUUUAAUGAAGUUAGUUACCUCAUAAGGGAUGCGAGAACUAAAUCUGGACUUUUCAAAAGAAGGUUCAAAAGUAUAUACUUUAUUAAAAGUCGAUGAAUAUGUAAUUUUUCGUUUGAGGCAUUUUUAAUAGAAUAUCUUAUUCGAUUAAACUUCCGCUUGGGUUAAUGGUUUGUUUUGUGCAAUAGUAUUUUUUAAUGAUACCCUUAACGAAUUUGCAAAGGAUUUGUCGGUGAGUGAUCAUAUGAUGAAGAAUCGAUAACAUGACACGACGUAUAUAUGUCUAGAUUAAUUAGUCUUAUAGAAGCGCUUAAAAACUAUCUGUCCCACAUAAAAGCAUUAAACGUUAGCUUUGGAUGUUAACGGGUCCAGAAUAUGUACAAGUGUACACAGGAGGCCGUAAAACCCGAAAAGUAUAAAAUGGGCCAACAGUUGAAGUAUAUCACUUUUCCAUUAGCCCGUUUACUUCUACAUAAGGAUAACAGAAUCACCAAAGAUGAGUUUUACAUCUUUUUGAUGAACUUCGUAGGCCUCCUAGACCAUCUUAUGAAUAUUAUGUAUCGCGACAGUACAUGGUACCGUUUUCGGAUUUUUUUUUGACUGAAAGCGUGUAAACUACCGGUUUUGUGUAACCAAGGAUGUUUUUAAUGUAACGUUCGUUUUCUAAAAACAGUUUUGAGUCAUGCUUAGAGCGCAAACGUUUUUGAUUCAGCAGUGAUAAGUUAGUUUUCCUGAUGGUUUAGUAAUAACGGUUUUGCCUGUUAAACUUGCUGUAUCUAAAUUUGAAACAAAGCAUAGGUGGACACACGGUUUAUUUCACGACAGAAGCGAUGAUAGCUAUUUAGAUUCACCUUUAACGGAAGUCUAGACAUAAAAUUCGGGACAUUAUUAGAUCAUGAGCUUUCAGUUUUAGGCAAGCGAAAAAAGUAGAUUUUCCAUACUACCCACCCUUUAGUAGUUGCCGGAUUUUUACAAUGCGUGUUUCAGUUUUCAAAUUGUGUGAAAUUAGUUAUCAUACCCUAUACAUUAGUCGAUGUAUAAUACACUGCAUGGCUCCUAUGUUUUCAUACAUUUCGACUACAACUUGGCAAAGAGUUUGGUAGGGAACGCCGGAAUCAUAAUUAUAAUAAACAAAAAGAGUAAUAAUAAUAACCACAAGGUUUUGGAUUUGAUCUCUAGUGCUUUUUACUCAAAUCCCAGAUCAUAACUCGCUGCAUAGAUUGGCCUUAUUAACAUCAACAGGAUUAUAUUCCUUGCAAGACGUUCGAAUCUGAUCUCCAGCAGCAUUCCAGAAGCAUUAUUGCUGAUCACAUGGGCUCAGACGUCGAAUAGUUUUAGCUGCCGGUAACCACGUAAGUCAACUAGUAGCUUUUCCACAGGAAGGCAGCAGUUGAGCCUUAUUAAUCUUUUAAUUCUCAUAGUAAUCGGGAGGCAAUUCCGGUAGAGUAUAAUGUAAAAAACAACGCUAUUCGCCUAUUUUACAUGAAUAACGGUAUCCGAGAAACAGAUUUCAGCUUCAACAAAUGCCUCUCACUAUCUAAAAUAUCUAUCCAUCUCACUAUCUAAAAUUUGCAGAGUAAUAAUGCAUAAUAUAUUCUCGAAAAUUGCUUAUACUCUAUUUUUCAGCCAUGUUCCUUUUUAUCAUAUACAUCAUUUAAUUUCAAAUUACAGGUUGUACGAAAAUCUUAUCUAUAUCUGUCUAUAUACUCAUAGUUAGCUACAAAUAUGUAGAUAGAUAGGUUACUGAUAAUAAGCUAGUUACAAACUAAAUCAAGAUGCGAGAUCUAGCACCCAUAGCAGCAAUACUUGCGACCAGCAUUUUAUCACUUGCAGGCUAUUUGUGAAUGAUCAGGUGGUUUUUCCUUUUAAGUUCGUUGGACCGCAAGUGUUAUAGAUACAGCAUUCUUAGUUUGUGCAUCAAGCCUUGAGAAAGUAAAAUAUUUCGAUGAUUAGUUGUUGAAAGCAGAGAGUGAAACAUGAAUAAUAAACAAUAAGAAUUACGUCGUGAGUAACUUUUAAUAAUAGAUGUGUGCGUGCAAUAGACAGACAAUUUAGAUAUUGCCGCAGGUACGCAUGGAGCACCAAACAACAACCGAGCAGUUUUCAAAGUAAGGGUUUGGCAAUGUAUGCCGGAUAGGGAAGAAGUAUCUUAUUUUUAGCAAGUUCAAUUAGUACUAUUGGCCUGUCCAAUCGAAUUAGCGCGUCACCAACCUCUCAUCACAUUAAACCUGAGCGUAAUAAAUCAGGAUAGCAGAAAACAGGAUAACAAGACUAUAUGUACAUAGAGUAUACCUUAUUAAAGCAGAUGAAACAUUAACAAACAUUAGGUCGGUUAACGCAGUCAUCGGAAGCCUUUGAAUUAGUCUAAUUAGUAAUAAAAAUAAUAAUUUUAUUGAAAAAUCUGCAGCUACAAGGCCAACUUUCACGUGGCUGUCAAAACCGAAAACCUGACGAUUGCAAAUUUUCGGUUUUACCUUUUAGGGACCAUUGUUAUAGAGAUAUAAAAACCAUUGUUCUAGGAAUAUACACCCUGUUUUCAUAUAGUGAAAGUCGCCUUUCUUCAGACUUGCUCUGGGCAUCUGAGCAAUGAUUUGACGUUUACCUUUGCGUUAUUCACAGGUAGCGCGAUGAAACAAGGAAUUCUAGGCGCUACGCCGCCUAAACAAGCUUCUAUGCUUUACACGUCAGUAUGGAUAUUUGUAAAUCUAGCCGUUUCUAUCGCGAUCGUGCUUCUGAAUAAAUGGGUGUACGUGUACGUGGGCUUCCCCAACAUAACCAUGUCGUGCACGCAUUUUAUUAUUACAAGCCUCGGACUAGCAAACAACGCGGUCGGAACGUUCCAGUUGCUCAAAACACUUACAAUGCCGACAAUUAUGGUCAUUCAGACAUGGUGUUACGCAUACCGAUUUUCUCGCACUGUUGUCCUCUCACUCGUCCCCAUCGUGUUUGGAGUAUAUUUGAACUGCCAGUUUGAUUUGUCGUUCAACGCACUGGGUUCCAUGUUUGCGCUUUCUGCUGUCGUAAUUACUUCUAUGUACCAGGUGUUUGUUGGUGAAAAGCAAAAAGAGCUUCAGGUCAGUUCAAUGCAAUUGUUGUGGUACCAGGCUCCAAUGUCAGUGGUACUGCUCUUGAUCGCGGCUCUUGUAUUUGAAUCACCUCUGCAAUGGCUAGCACACUCUUGGUCUUUCAACGACUUAUUCAUGGUUCUUCUAACAGGCUUGGUGGCAUUUGUAGUAAAUUUGACAUCGUACUGGAUUAUUGGCAAUACGUCUCCUAUGGCCUACAACGUUUUGGGUCAACUAAAGCUUUCUCUUACUUUGCUUGGAGGCUACCUCCUUUUCGAUGACCCGCUCAAGCCUGUUCAACUUGUUGGGGUUAUAAUGACAGUCGUGGGAUGCAUGCUGUACACACAUAACAAGGUGUGCGAACAAAGACGACGAUUAACUGAUAAGCAAGAUCACGUUGUCUUCAGUGCCAAGAAACCAUAGGGACUCAGACGAGUGUCGUGUAGUGUCGUCUAUUUAUAUAGCAAUGAGUCAUCUGUAAAUACUGCAUAUGCAAGAAACCUGGGUUAUUUUUAUUUUUUUUUUUAUAUAAGCGCAAUAAUUUUGCUUCAGUGAUAGUCAGUAUUGAGUGCGUAUUUGGAAUUAAAUUAAUUAGACUCUGUGAGAUAGCCGUAAAGCUGAUUACAGCACUUCGUGUUUUUUUUUAUUGCUGUAUUUGAGCCUGCCUCAAUUCACAGAUAUCAAAAGAACCCAUUUCGUUAGAAAUUGAGAUUAGGUUAUUAGAAAUUCGUUUUCAAUAUGCCAGCUGUCGGACCGCGACCGAUCUUUCUACUGCACAUAAAAAACAUUUCUAGGCAAACUGGGACUAUUUUAUUAAGUGUAUAUGAAUAAUUGUUUGCGUCCAACUUUCGCUAACGGACGGAGCUGUCAGAAACUAUAAUGCGUUUUUUUGUACAAAUUUUCAUGGUUAUGUACCUUAAAAAAUCUAAAAUUGCAGAAAAAAAUUAAAAAAUAUAGACAAAACAUUUGCGAACUCACUUAUGUAUCUUGCGUGUAUAAUUUGUGCUCUGAACUUUUAAGUUAGAGCUUAGAACCUAAGCACCUGAGAGAAGUUAGAGCUUAGAACCUAAGCACCUGAGAGAGAGUAGCAAUCCGUUUAAGAAAUCCUUAAUGUAAUUGAUAAUUAGUAGUUGAAUUCAUAUUUGCGCAUUACUUUGUCACAUCAAAAUCACAACAUUAACAGUAAAUACAUGUAAGCUUCGAUGAAAGGGUUAUAGGAACAACAUGGUCUAUAAGAAUAAAGCCCAUUUUACAACACGACAUUUUAUGGAUUUAUGCAAAGGUUUCUUGAAUCCAACGUAAUAUGUUAAAUAUAAUAUUUCGGUUAAUAAUCAAGUUCCUCCACAGCUUGGAUUCUAAGGUAAACGUUUCGGGUACUAUGACAAGUAAUGAGGCUGAGCAUUUACGCCUCCAUGAACGCUGUAAAUUAUAAAGCUAAACAUAUGUCUUGUUGUUUGAAUAUCUUUUAAACCUUUUAUUUUUGCCUCUAGCAGAUACCUACUCGUCAUGUAACUUGGGCAAUAAUAAUAUUAAUAAUUAUAUUGCUUUACUUAACUGUAAAUCUACGUUUUGAAAUACUACGACCCAUGAGGGUCUGAGAAAAACGUACCACCAAUAUUUUUAAUAUGAAAAAUAUUUCUUAUAUAUCUAGAGAUCAAAACCUGUUCUGCUGUAUCAUUUUAUUUCUUUUUUACAGAAGAUCAUGCUUACGUCUAGUAUGCUCUAUCUGAAUGUGCACAAAAAGAAUAACUGCGCUCUGCGAGUAAGGUACCACAAUAUGCUGUUCGGUACGAUCUGUGAUACAAUGUUGUAAAUAGAACGUUUCGCGACUAGUAGUACA